AUGCUGGCUGCACGGGAAGCAGCAGCACUCUACCAAACAGACUUUGUGCGCAAUGCCCGGGCAGUGGGUGCCCUCUGGGCUGGCUGCACGCUCUGCUUUGGCAUCCUAGAGGUUGUGGUGCUGAUUCAGCCGGCCUGGGUGCAGACGGCACCACUCAUCUACCAGCUGCCCCCCUCAGGGGUCCUGCCGGAUCCCAGUGUGAGCGCCGUGGGAUCCUUUGGCCUAUACCAGGUCUGCAUGGAGCAGGACGGUGUCCUCCAAUGCGAGGGGUCGCUGGUCACCCUCACCCCUAUCCCGUCCUUCAAAGCAGCUGCUGUCUUUGUCCUGAUGGCCCUGGUACUGGUGAUGGGCAGCGUGGCCUCCUUGGGCCUCUUCUGGGUCUGCAGCCCUGGGACUGUCUACAAGGUGUGCGCCUGGCAGCAGCUUUCAGCAGCAACUUGUCAGGCACUCGGCUGCUUGGUUUUCCCAGAUGGCUGGGGAGCCCCAGAGGUGCGGGCUCUAUGUGGACCUCGGGCUAGGAGCUACACCCUGGGGACUUGUACAAUACACUGGGCCUUUACCUUGGCCUUGCUGGGAAUAGCCGAUGCUCUAGUUCUAGCUACCCUUGCCUUUGUGCUGGGAAAUCGGCAGGAUGCUCUGCUCCCUGCAGGCUACGCACCAACCCCAGGGGGGAAAGGUGUUUCCGCAGCACUGACUCCAGACUGAUUCCUUUCCCUUUGUGGAUUCACCUUCCCAGGGGCAUCUUUCAGAGCUGGAUUCACACUUGAAGC